AUGUCGCUUUUUGGUGGUGGUGCGUCGUCAACGCCGAACCCAGGACAAACUGGUGGAUUCAACGCAGGUGCUCGAUCUAUGUCAUUCUCGGCAGGCACGAGUGGUUCUGGAUUCUCAUUUGGCGCACCCAACAAUGCGGCACCACAGUCUCAAGCUGGCAGUUUGUUUGGCUCAGCGCCGUCCAGCAAUCCCAGCACGAAUUCGUUCGCUAAUCCAUCAUCGAACAACAACACAGCUCUGAAGCCUGGAGGUCUUUUCGGCCAGAGUGCACCUACAAGUACGGCAGGUAGUGGGUUGUUUGGUCAAAGUACCACACAAGCAAGCAAACCUGGUGGCGGACUUUUUGGUCAAGGCACGCAGGCGAACAACACUGGUUCUGGGGGUGGUUUGUUUGGUCAAACCAAUAUACAGACAAAUAACACUAGUGGGGGUCUCUUUGGUCAAAGCUCGACGCAGCCAACUACCGCUAGCGGUGGGCUUUUUGGACAAAAUAUGCAGGCCCCCAACACUGGAGGGAAUCUUUUUGGUCAAAGUACAAAGUCGAAUAAUACUGGCGGGGGUCUUUUUGGUCAAAAUACUCAACCUAGCAGUACAGGUACUGGUCUCUUUGGACAAAGCACCAUGGCCAACAGCACUGGAACCGGUCUCUUUGGCCAAAGUACGACACAGCCGAACACUUCCGCUGGCGGUCUCUUCGGCGGUCAGCUUAAUACACAAUCAAGCAACGCGGGUGGUAGUCUCUUUGGGCAGAGUACCAAGCAGCCAGGCACGACCGGUGGCGUUUCUUUUGGUCAAAACAUGACGAGUAAUACUGCAAAUGUCGGUUCUGGCUCAGGUCUGUUUGGUUCGAAGCCGGCUGCCCCUACUCUUGGAAUAUCCUUAUCCGCCCCAUUGCAGAAUACAUCACCCCUAAUGCAGUAUGCUUAUUACCAACGAGAGCGAUACAAUGAGCUCCCAGAUGCUCAGCGGGCACUUCUUGAUUCUAUGGAAAAGUUUAUUACAUCUCAGGUGCAAAUCAAGCAUGAAUUGCGCGCGCGCAAUUCGAGUGAAAGUGUGCGCCAAUUGUUAUCGAGUGUGCAAGAGCUCAUGUCGGAGCAACAAGCACUGGCAGCGGUGCUUGAAGCAGACUCUAUCCGUCUGCAAUCUAUGUUGACUAAGGUUGAGCAGGAUCGCAAUGACAAUGCUGUGUUACAUCAAGUGGCAAUGCAUGCGAGAGACAAGCUUAGUGAUGGAAGCAGUUUUGUCGAUUGGCUGCGUCGUUUUUACGAGCGCGUGUCAAACGAAUAUGUGGCUCGAAUUCAACGUUACCGAUUAACAAUGGAGCAGUUGGAGCGUCAUCUUUUAUCGGCUGACCAACGAGAACAAUUUGCACCCCAGGUUAUCUCUGACAUUAUUCAUGAACAAAAUGUGCUUUUCAUGGCUCUCGCAGAGCAAGUAGCAACGCUGCAUGCUGAAAUCGACAUGCUCAAGAAAGAUUACGUCAAGUGGUAUCAAACUCGUUUUCACUCUGUACGUGACCCAUUUGCCCCCGUGGCUGCCGCUGCUACUGCUACUGCUACAGAUCGUCCCUAG